GCUGUUGUUCACAAGUGACACUCUUUCAUCCCAGCCAUGAACCUCGAAGUUCCAAAACCAGAAUUCAAAUCUGCCACCAGGGUGACUGGGGGGCCUGUCACUCCCAGGAAAGGGCCUCCUAAAUUCAAACAGAGACAAACUCGGCAGUUCAAGAGCAAGCCACCAAAGAAAGGGGUUCAAGGGUUUGGUGACGACAUUCCCGGUAUGGAAGGCUUGGGAACAGAUAUCACUGUGAUCUGUCCCUGGGAAGCUUUCAGCCACCUGGAGCUCCAUGAACUGGCACAGUAUGGUAUCAUUUGA